UCAAACUUUUUUUUGAAGGUGUCUGGACAUGGAAUGGGUAAACCGGAUAUGAUUAAGGCGAGAAAUAAGGAGAGAAUGGAAGGUCGUGCUUGUAGACUUACGGCGACUGGUAGGAAGGAAAAUGAAGAAAAAAAUCCACCUAAGGUUAGAAGGAAGAAGAAGGCGGAUGUAGUGCGUCGUGACGGCCACCCUACUGUGGGGCAGUUGUCUCUUAGUCGAGGUACUACCAGUACUCCUACACCAGAGAGCGCACCGGUAUGGCAGGCUAAUUGGAGUGAUUCCAUUGACGAGGAUGAUGAUGACGACGGUGAGGCUGAGGUUGGGAAUGCCCCAGAUGCUGGUGAUGAUGCUGGUGAUCGUGCUGGUGAUGCUGCUGGUGAUCGUGCUGGUGAUGCUGAGGAUGGGGAUGCCCCACCUCAAGCUGAUUUAGGCGUGGGGAAGACGGCGCGGGUCGGGAUAUCUUCUACUGCCUCCUCCCACUUCCGUGGCCACGAUGGACGCUAUGCGUCCAGACCUAGUAGCGAGGAUGGCGGAGAUGGAAAUAGGAAGAGGAAGACCACGAGGAAAGAUAUGUCGUGGUUUCUUACAGCCGAGUCUCCGAUGUGUUCAGGUGGACCAGUGAUUCCCGAUGUGAUCCCUAGCUUUGGAGAUCACAUUGGUCUUGUACUGUGGAAUACCCCUGAGCAGGACCGUGGAGUGUUGGACGGCUUCCAUAGGCCGAAAGCUUUAGAGACUUUGAGGCGAUAUAAGUGGAGUGCAGAGGGUUCCAAGGAGAUGGUUGAAGCCACAGGAUUGUCUCACUUGACAGGGUGCAUGAUGCAGCAUUUUGACAUGGCUCUACUGUCGGCAUUUGUGGAGAGGUGGCAGCCGGACACAAACACCUUCCACAUGCCGUUUGGAGAGAUUUCGAUCCUUCUACACGAUGUGCAUCACAUUUUUCGGAUACCGGUUGACGGAGAGAUGAUGGGAGAUGAGGCGUCGCCGGAUACUCUUAAGUCAGACAUGGGUGGUCUAGUUCGACUUUCGGUGGAUGCUCAGGUUGGUGGUAAGUGGAAGUCUAAGUGGUACGAUAAUGGUGCUAUGCAUGCAGAGGGAUUGUUGGUGCGUGGGGGAGAGUUGAAGAUUAAGGAGAUGGAGGUGCAGUGUUACCUAUUUGUGUUACUGGGAUCCACGCUUUUUGUGGAACUGAGACUAUUGUGCUUUUUAUUUGUCAUCAUUUGUAGUUGAACUGAGACUAUUGUGUGUUUUAUUUGUCAUCGUUGGUAGUCGAAUUGAGACGGUUGUGUUUUUUUUUUUACUUUAGUUACAUUACAUUCAAUGCAUUGCUAAAAUAGUUAAUCAAGAUAACUAAAUGUU